UGAUGUAUCUUUCCUAUAUGUAUUGAGUGCAGAUAAUGUUUGUUUCAAGGAUCCAACUCCCCCACCAAUCCCCUCUCUUGGUUCCCCAGGAUUUAAAAUAGGAAUUUUCCCUAUGAAAAGUUGUCAUCUUCUGAACAUAAUGGGUGAUCCUUGCUUCUUGCAAAUGCAUCACUGCAAACGCUACCGCUCUCCUGAGCAGGAGCCCUACCUGAGCCACAGGUGGAAGAGGAGGCGAUCUCGCAGCAGGGAGCACCAUGAAGGAAGAGCACGAUAUCCAGCUCGCCGGGAUCUUUCAAGGAGAUCACGUUCUAGAAGCCAGGACAGAAUGCCAUACCAGAGAGGGUACAGAGAUAGAACAGACAGCGAAGUCUACAGGUUUGAAGAACAAAGCCCAUCUUUCGGAGAGGACUAUUAUUCUACCCGUCGCUCACGGCAUCAGCGGAGAUCUCGAGACAGAGAACGUCACCGGACAAGGAAGCACCAGCAUCGUUGCCGGAAACGCAGGACCAGGUCUUGUAGCAGUACCUCCUCGAGAAGCCAACAGAGCAAUAAGCGCAGCAGGAGCGUGGAAGAUGACAAAGAAGGUCACCUGGUGUGCAGGAUCGGCGAUUGGCUCCAAGAGCGAUAUGAAAUUGUUGGGAGCCUUGGAGAAGGUACAUUUGGCAAAGUCGUGGAGUGUGUGGACCAUGCCAGAGGCAAGUCUCUGGUAGCUUUGAAAAUUAUUCGAAAUGUGGGCAAAUAUCGUGAAGCAGCCCGGCUAGAAAUUAACGUCCUAAAGAAAAUCAAAGAAAAAGACAAGGAAAAUAAACACCUGUGCGUCUUGAUGUCAGAUUGGUUCAACUUCCAUGGCCACAUGUGCAUUGCUUUUGAGCUCCUGGGCAAGAAUACCUUUGAAUUCUUGAAAGAGAAUAACUUCCAGCCGUACCCCCUGAUGCAGAUCCGGCACAUGGCCUACCAGCUCUGCCACGCCUUGAGGUUUCUUCAUGAUAACCAGCUGACUCAUACUGACCUGAAACCUGAAAACAUCUUGUUUGUAAACUCAGAGUUUGAUACCUUGUACAAUGAGAAAAAGAGCUGUGAGGAGAAGUCUAUCAGGAACACGUGUAUCCGGGUGGCGGACUUUGGGAGCGCCACAUUCGACCACGAGCAUCACACCACUAUUGUGGCUACUCGGCAUUACCGCCCACCAGAGGUGAUCUUGGAGCUGGGCUGGGCGCAGCCGUGUGACGUCUGGAGCAUCGGUUGCAUCCUCUUUGAGUACUACCGUGGGUUCACACUCUUUCAGACUCACGAAAACAGAGAACAUCUUGUGAUGAUGGAGAAAAUCCUUGGCCCAAUCCCACAGCAUAUGAUUCGCAAAACGCGGAAACAGAAGUAUUUUCACAAGGGAAACCUGGUGUGGGAUGAGAACACCUCCGAUGGGAGAUACGUCCAAGAGAACUGCAAACCCCUGCAAACAUACAUGCUGCACGAUUCCUCUGAGCACAUACAGAUGUUUAGUCUGAUGAGGCAAAUGUUAGAGUUCGAUCCUGCCCAGCGGAUAACGUUUGCCGAAGCGCUGAUCCACCCGUUCUUUGCUGGCUUGUCUCCAGAGGAAAGGCGGCUGUGUUGCCGGGACUCGAGCCGGGACUUGAGCAGAUGACAGAGGGUGAGGGUGGGGAUACCUGCAGGAUAUGUACAUACUCAGAGACUGGCCUGACUGUUUGUUGUGGAGGCCUGAGCGGCCCUUCUGUGGCCCAGUGUUCCAAGGUGUGGGUGCAAUGUCAAAUUGGACCCUGGACAUGGGAGGGGGGAAACAGCUACCCAAAAGCACAGAUUUGUCUCAUAUAUUUAUAUGUUGUAAAGUUCAAAUAAAGUGUUUCAUAUUGUUUGAUAA